GACGUUUUCGUAAAGGGCCUGCUCGACGCCAGCCUGCGGGGCAAGAAGUUCAUCUUCCGCACCGGGGCAGCUUUUGUGUCGAGCCGACUCGGUAUUCAGCAGAUUCCUCCCAUGACACCCGCGGACUUGAAAAUGGACGUCUCGCCCUCAGCACCGGGGGGGCUGAUAAUCGCUGGCUCCCACGUGCCAAAGACCACAGAGCAGCUCGCCUCGCUCAUUGACGGCCGUGGCGAAAAGCUAAUCACUAUCACCUUGGACGUCGCUGAGCUGCUGGGGUCGCCAGGAAAGACGCAACAAAUGCUGCUUAGCACCGCCAACACCGCUGGGGAACAUAUCCUUAACGGCCAGGAUGUGUUGAUCAUGACUAGUCGUGAGCUCAUCACAGGUACCGACGGAGGCUCCAGCCUCAACAUCGGCAGUGUCGUGGCCGAGGCGCUCGUGUCGUUUCUGCGAUUUCUGGUGCCACGGCCGCGAUAUGUCAUUGUGAAGGGAGGCAUCACAAGCUCCGACGCUGCGUCCAAAGGCCUCAUGUUCAAGCGCGCUGAGAUUUGUGGCCAGGCGGCCUCUGGUGUGCCACUCUGGCGUUGCUCGGCGCCUUCGUGCAAAUACCCCAACAUACCGUACGUGGUUUUCCCAGGAAAUGUUGGAGAACGAGAUACCCUCAGAGACCUUGUGGCGCAGUGGGCUCUACCCUCCUCGGACAAGGACGGCGCAACAGAGUGGCCCGCCAUGCAGUACCAGAGACUCGGCACCUCGGGCCUGAAGAUCUCGCGCGUCAUUUUGGGCUGCAUGUCAUUCGGCAAUGAGAAGUGGGAAGGCAGCCCCUGGGUUCUCCCGGAAGCGGAGGCGCUGCCUUUGCUGAAGAAGGCGUACGACGUGGGCAUCAACACCUGGGACACGGCAAACACGUAUUCCAACGGCCGCUCCGAGUCCAUCAUCGCCAAGGCAAUGGAGGUUUAUCAGAUCCCGCGGAGCAAGCUGGUCAUCAUGACCAAGCUCUACUACCCUGUGAUGGAGGACGAGCCGGACGCGCGCCCACAGCCCGCUGUGAAUGAUGGGCGACUGGUGAACCAAAUGGGCCUCAGCAGGAAGCACAUAUUUGAGGCCGUCGAAGGCUCUCUGAGAAGACUGAAAACCGCGUACAUCGACGUCUUGCAGCUGCAUCGCCUCGAUGUCAACACUUCUCCCGAGGAAAUCAUGCGAGCAUUGCACGAUUUGGUGCAGAUGGGUAAGGUGCUCUACAUUGGCGCCUCCAGUAUGCGCUGCUGGCAGUUCGCGCGCCUUCAGUACACAGCCAAGAUGCACGGGUGGACCACCUUUACGAGCAUGUCCGGGCUUUACAACCUGCUCUAUCGCGAAGAGGAGCGAGAGAUGAAUCCGUUCUGUAACGCUGAAGGGGUUGGCCUGAUCCCGUGGAGCCCGAAUGCCCGUGGACUGCUCGCUCGACCGUGGAACUUCGAGACUGAAAGGUCCAAGAAGGACGCCAAGACCAAAAGAUGGUUCAGCUCGAGUCAAAACAAACAAAUCGUAAAUAGGGUCGAGCAGAUCGCCAAGACCAAAGGCUGCUCCAUGUCGAGCGUCGCUCUUGCGUGGCUUCUGAAGAAGGGAGCCUGCCCUGUCGUCGGGCUCGACAAAAUUGAGCGCAUUGCCUCAGCAUCAGAGUUUCUCUCGGUCAAGUUGGACGACUCAGAUGUGGAGUAUUUGGAAGAAUUGUACCAGCCUCUGCGCGUGGAGGCGAUAUAGAGUGCAGAAUUACUUGACUGUGCAUAGCGUUAUCGACUAAAGAAAUUGACCGUCUGAGAUUCUCUCUGGUUCACCAUGACGAGUCCUUCUCGGGCAGGGUCUCCGCACGAACUUGAUAUUCUUCUCGAUUGCAUCCAGCUUGACAAAUUCCCUGAGUUCCUG